AUGCAUUCUAUGAAAAGCUUGGUGAAUCCCAACUACCUCCCUGGAGUCCACACAACCAGUCCAUGUGUCCGAUCCGCUCGUCUCGUCUCGUCUCAGCACCUGGCUUCUUCCUCCUCCAUGGAUCAAUCCAUCAAUCAAACCAUGGCAACAACCAGCGAGCCCCACUACCGGCCGCGCCUCACAGACAUGCCCCCGGAGAUCCUCUACAUGAUCGCCUCCCUGUUCUGCCAGCACUGCCUGGAUCGACAAUCCAAAAAGGGCAAAGCAGCCACGGUCGAUGACAAGAUUAUAGGGUCCAGGCGCGACCUGGAGCGCUUGGCCCUUACCUGCUCAAAGAUGUAUGCCAUCGCCCAAUCCGUCAUCCAUCACCGGGUCGGAUACGAGGAGUUGUGCCUUCGCUUUGCCGACUACGUCGCCACCCUCGGGAGGUUGUCCAGGAGCAGCCACCUCCGGGAGCAGGUUCGCCAAAUCGGCCCGUUCUUCCUGAGCUUCGAGGACCUCUCCCUAGAUGGCGCGGUCGAAAUGUUCAGACGCGUCUUCACCAACGUCGACGCCGUGGCCCUGCUACUGCUGCCGCACCCUCUGAAGUGGCUGUACUCGGUCUUCUCCAACGGGAUCCUCGUCCGGCCCCCUGCGCAAAUCUUUGUUUACUUGCUCAUGGCCCUGGCGCCGAACCUGCAGUCGCUAAGCAUCGUGGCCACCGACCUCACGUCGCAUAGGGCGAUGCAAUUCCCCGAUUACAUGGACCUGCGGUUCGAGCUUAACUGGAAGGCGAACAACUCCUCUUGGUAUUGUGUUUCGGCAAAGAGGCUGCAUCAGCUGGUGGUGUGCGCAGCCCGGCGCGGGAUGGCUGCUUCGCUGCUGGACGGCCGGGUGCAUUCCAUCCUGGCCUCGGCCCCGCGGCUGCGCUGCCUGGAGUUUCAGAAUCUGAGUCUCGAUCGGGAGCCUGCUUGGAUCCGGAUACUGGUGCCGCCGCCCGGGCUGCAGAUUGCCUGCACGCAGCUCACGACGCUGGUGUUGCAGUCGUGCUAUCUCGCAGACUUUGCUGACUUCCGCAGCCUGCUCCAGCAGGUGGACAACCUGCAGAGAUUCACCUUUGUGCUGGAACGGGCCUAUGAAAAUCCAUACUAUCGGCUUUUGGCCUUGCAUCGGGGCCACAUCUCACCGAGCCUGCUGGUGAGCCUGCUGGCACGCCAUCAGCCGCGGCUGAGGCAUCUGGUCUUGGACUUUGACGCGGUGCUGCCCCCCGUCGGGAUGUCGCCCAUCAACUGGGCCAUCCAGCCGACGGUGCUGGCGCAAGGCUUCCGGCGCCUGGAAACGCUGGGCAUCAGCGAAUCAUGCUACCACCAGGGCAAACUCUACUACUUCAACUUGCCCGUCGCCACCGGUGCCUUGACCCCCUAUCUGCCCAGCUACCUGCCACCCGGGCUGCGCGAGCUGCGGCUGAUUAGCGGCCACGUCGGGUCGGUGCUGCCGCAGCUGUGGGCGCUUGGCAUAGAAGCGGGCAGGCGUAACCAGUUUGGUGAGCUGAGGCUUGUCAAAGCCAUGUUUGUCGUCUUGUACCAUGGUCAGGCAAACCGCAUUCUGUGUGCCGAGCCUACGAGAAGACACACGGGACGAAUCCACAGCUUGUUUUGCGAGAGAAGGAUCGAGUUCGUAUUGGAGGAGCGACCAUGGUCAUCAGACGGGAUGUUUCCGCAGUGGCCGAAAUAUAACUAA